AGUAUCAGAUCGGCGAACUUAUCUCACAGAGAAAGGAAAAUCCUUAACAUCACCCACCGAAAUUUAGAGCAUAAUUCUCAGGGUAUGAUUAGAUCUCUCUUUGAUUUCUUCUCUUUUUGUGGGAUUUUUUCAGUGAUUUCUUCUUUUUCUUUUACUUUAUCUCUUUGUCUCCGUAUGUGUCCUGAUUUGAAAUCGAUUUCAAAAUCGAAGGUUUGAAUCUGAUAGUUUCCGGUGAUGGAAAUUUUAAUACCAAAAUUGAGAGAUAAUGACAAUAUUCUACCUAUAAUUUUUCUCUUUUGUGAAAUUUCUUUGUUUGUGCAAAUGCCUAAGAGUUUAAUUUCAAUGUCUACUUAUCUCCUGCAACAUCAAUUGAACCCACAGAUGCCAUAGAAUUGUAUUUACUCUAUAUAUUUCAAGGAAAGUGAAUCCAUGGGGGAAGAAUAUCAGCAGCGUUGUUGCACACAAAAUAGCAUCAACGGCAAAAUUAUGCAGGCCGACGAGUUUCCUUUUUAAGAAGAAGAAGAAGUGAGAUUUACCGUGUUUCUUAAAAUCAACAAAAAACAUGGAUGGGUUAGAAGAAGAAGGUGAAGAACAUAACAUUGAAGCUUCACUACCGUUUAAGGAUGACGAUUUGGGAUAUAUGUUGAAUGAUCCAAACUUUUGUGGAGAGGAAAUCCUAGGCGACGCUUUCAUGGAAGAAAGCGUAGAAUCACCCGUGAUCGAAGCUAACGAUGCAUCUAACUCACAGGCUAUUGCAGCGGUGGAUGAUGAAUUUUAUUUGAGGCCUGAUACUUCUCACCACUAUGCAAACGAUUUGUCAUUUGGAAGUAAGGAGGAGACAAAAGAAUGGCUUAUCAACAAGGCUAAGGAGAAGAUGUGCGUGGUAGUUCAGAAUCGUGGUGUGAAGGAUAUUCGGUUUGAAAUGAUAUGUGAGCGAGGUGGGGAGAAAAAGAGUCACAAGGGAAAGAACAAUAAAUAUGUAAGGAAAACGGAGAGGAAGAAAUACCAAACCCAUACAAAGAAGAUUGGAUGCCCAUUUAAUAUUGUCUUCUAUAAGCCCGAUGGUAGGGAUGGUAAAGAGUGUAAAAUGUCUAAAGUUGCUAAUGGUUGUCACAACCACGAUGAUCCGGAUACUCUUGUUGGACAUAUAAUGGUUGCCAAGUUAAAACCACAUGAAAUGGAUAUGGUGAAGUCUAUGCGGAUCCAAAAAGCGAGUGUCAUAUUAAGUAAGAUACAGGCGGACGACCCCGACAACCUUUCUUUUUUGUCUACGAUCAAGGCGGCCUUAGAUAAGAUCAAAAGGAAAGAAUGGGAUGGUAGAACGGUUAUGCAACAAUCGGAGUGGUUAGCGGAGUUACAUGACUACACGUUGCGAAAGGAAUAAAAGGAUGGUAAAGUGGUACGUAUUUUCUUGGCACAUCCUUUGAUGAUCCAAUUGGUACAAUGCUUUCAUCAAAUUUUGUUGAUAGAUGCACCUUAUAAGACAAACAAGUAUAACAUGCCGUUGUUGAACAUUGCUUGCCACACUUCGGACAAAAACACGUUUACGAUUGCAUGGGGUUUAAUGGAUCACGAGAACGAAGUUAGUUUUAUUUGGAUGUUGGAGACAUUGAGGUCAAUUUAUAACGACGACGAUUUUCCAAGGGUUAUUGUAACGGAUAACAAUCAAGCUCUAAUGAAUGCAAUAGAGGUAGUGUUUCCGGAAGCCCAGAACUUGCAAUGUACAUGACACAUUCAAUGUAACCUCCUAUCCAAUUGCAAGCCCCAUAUCCAAUAUAAGAAACCAAGGAAGGGUACCAAGAGGUCGACGGAAGAGAAUGAACGUCUUAGCAAAUUAACCGUGGAAGAGCGGCAAGAAGAGAAGAGGCUAUUUGAAGAAAAGUAGAAGGAGAAAGGAAUAAAGUGGAAAUUAUUUAUGAAAGCAUGGGACAAGAUGGUUUGGUCGAUAACCGAGGAAAUUUAUGAGGUUAAUUUGAAGAAAUUCGAGGAUGAAUGGGGCACUGACUAUCCAAAAUGUGUGGCUUAUUAUAAAAAACAAUGGUUGGCACCGCAUAAGGAGAGGUUUGUGUAUGCAUGGAUAUAUGAAUAUCUUAAUUUCAAGAACGAGGCGACAAGCAUUGCGGAGGGGUCUCAUGGACGAUUAAACAAGAUAUUACUCGGUAGUCAAAAUGGAGUUGUGUCGAUCCAAGAAGCAAUCCAUGAAUACACCAAUCGAGAUCUCACGAAAAUUAGGGGUUGCAUGCAAUUUAGUAUACAUAAAUACCCUUUAGAGCAUAUAAAGGAAAAAAUGCUUCUAAGGGGAAUUGUUCAAAAAGUUUCAAAAUGGGCAAUAGAUCACAUGAUGAAACAAUUGAAGCUUUAUAGAGAUUACGAUGACGAGAAUACGGUUUGUGUUUGCAAGGAUAUGAUAGGUAUUGGACUGGCGUGUCGUCAUAUGUUUGGUAGGUAUGUUGAAGUGAUUGACAUUAAUGACAUUCAUCCAUUUUGGAAACAAUUAAAUUUCACUACAAGCACCGCGGUGGUUGAAGUUCCAUCGUUCUUGGAGUCGGAAUUGUGUGCACGAAUAGCCGAGCGUUACACUACAUCAAAUGGACCCAAAAAGCAAAUUUUGAUGCACCAUUUGGAGGAAACCCUUCGCCAUUGUUUAAGGGAGGUUGAUGAACCUUGUAAGCAAAAGGCGGCGGGUAGGCCGGACACCGAAGUGUCGAGGACCAUCGAAAGAAAAGAGUUGAAGGAACAUUUAUCAAAAACAAGAGAUUGGUCUAGGUACGAGCAUGUGCAAGCCGAACUUGAAGGUGAGCCGGAACCUAAGAAAAGAGGUGUGCCGGAACCUAAGAAAAGAUGUCGUCCAAUAAAAGAUAAAGGUGGACCAACCGCUCGAAACUUGAAACAAAAGGUCUCUACGGAGCCAUCUCAAGUAAGUCAAGCCGAGGUGGUGGAAGAAGAAGUGUUCGUGGAGUCUCAAACUAGCUUAGGAUUUUUUGAUCAAAUGAGCGACUCGCAACAAACCCAACCAAUGGAGAUGGUGACUAUAAAAGAGAAGUAUGGUACUAUUCUUUGUCCAAGGGAUCUCCAUGUAAGACCAAUUCGAUCAACGUAUACGAUUAUAGAAGAGUACUUGCAAUAACUCCCUCCAAUCAUUGUUCCAUUUGUUUUGUCCACCGACGAGGUUGAUGGGGAUGGCAAUUGUGAGUUUCACGUCGCUACGGAAAAAAUUGGUUACUUUGACGAGGCGAAUAUCCAAAAUUUCACCCAAUGCCAAUAUUUAAGAAAUAAGAUGAUCGUGCAACUAAUGAAGGACAAGGAUUUCUAUAUGAAGAUGAUGAGGGACGGAGAUAGACACGACAAAGAAAAAGAGUGCAAAGACUUAUGUACGCGUGUAAAGUGACGAAAUGGAUUGAAAACAAUCGAAGCCAAGUAUUGGAUGACAAUGCCUGGAUGCGGAUAUCUCCUAGUGGACGUUUUGAAUUGUGUGGUGCAUGUAUUUGUUCCUCCGUUGCAAGGAAGUAGUAUAACGUUUGUACCUACAAGGACGGUUUGCGAUGAAUCGGUUAAAGAUAGAAGAAUUGUUAUGGCAGUUGUGAAUGAGAUGCAUUUUAUCGCUUUAAGGGUAAAGAAAGAUUUCCCAUUACCUCCGGUGAGUAAGUGGACGGAAUACUUCCCAACGAAUCAUUGUAAGGAUUGGGUGAAACAAUAUGAGACCAACAUGUUGGAUUGGGAUCGUGUCAUGAACAAUGAUCCAGAAAGCCUACUCGAAUUGAUCCCAUCGGAUGAUGACGAUGAAUGAUCGUUAUGUUUUGAAGAUGUAUUUGAACCGCCCUUUUUGUACAUGUUUUUUGUAAGAAAAUGCCAAGAUGUAAGCUACAAUCGGUAGUUAUGUCAUAUGAUAUACCUACCGAUUGUACAAUCUUUUCAAUAUAAAUUCAGCUUUUUU